AUGGAGCUGUACCUCAGUGCUUGCUCCAAGGCUGCUAAUGUUGCCGCCUCCAAGACAGCCACUAGUAGCAUGGCCACCGACAACCAACAGUGUGGAGAUGGCGCACACAAAACCCACUUUCCAGGAGUCGGAGCAGCUCAACUGUUGGAUCUUCCUCUUGGGGUGAAGCUGCCUGUGAUCCCAGGAAGCAAUACUCUAUACUAUACUACAAAUUUAAGUGAAAAGCUUUUUCGACCUUCUUAUGAUUUUAACCUGUCUGAUCCUUACUGUCGACUUUUGGAAAACCAAUAUAAAAGUCUUCACGAUCCACAUUUAAGGUCAUAUUAUAAACGUAAAGAUAUCCUGAGGAAAUUAAAGAAAGGUGGCUACAUCACCAGUAAUAAUAAAAUUGUAUGUACCUUGAGGGAACUGAAUAAGUACAGGCAAUAUCUCACCAGUUUAAAAUUAGACUUCGAAAGAAACUAUAUAAGAGAACAAAAAAUGCUUUCAAAACAAGUAAAUAAACUACAGGAAAAUAAUCAACUUCCCAGACGUUUUGAUAUUGCACAGUUCCAAAACUGGUUGUUACAGGAGAGUACCCAACCUAUUAAAGACCAGGAACAAUUAAUAAGACACAGGUAUUUGGAUAUGAUAAGUAAGGAGUUAGAACACCUAGAGCGCACAGCAGAAGAGCAGCGUCUACUCCAGAUGGACAGAGAAGAGAGACGACAGCGGGAACAGACAAGAAGAAAACUUAGUCUCCGUAGAAAAAUGGAAGAGGAAUGGAAGUCAAAAGAGAUGUUACUUCUGACAAGGAUUGGAGAAGAUGUUAAAAGAGAAGCUAGGAUAGAGGAACAGCGACGCAAAAGCCGAGAAGAGAGUGACAGGAAGAAACAAGCUCUUCUAGAGAAAAAAAUGGCUUAUCAUUUACAAAAAAUGCAAGGAAAUGGCUUUAAAAAAGAAGAGACAGAAAAAGCUGCAUUUGAUCACAGAGGACAAGAUGGUGCAUAUCCUGGAUCUUCUCCAAAGAAGAAAAAGAAGAUACAUGAUGAUGGAAAUUUACUUUAUGAUGACCAGAAACCAAGGUCUACAGUCAAUGGCAUUUAUCGAUCUCGAAGUAGUUUAAAGAAUAUUGCUAGAGCAAACUCAAUUGUUAAUCACUUAAAUAUACAAGAUAAUGAUACUGAACAAAAGGAAUUUCUUAUUUCUGUAUGCAUUACAGAAGUCGCAGCACAAAAUGUAACAACAACUCAUAUUUCACCCACAAGAAAUUUUCACAGAUCUUCACAAUCUUAUUUGGAUCCUCCAAAAGAUGAGGAGACAAAUGGUGAUUGGAAUGAAAAGUCAAACAAGAAAUCAAGCUACAUCUGUGAAACAGAAUCUCAGACUCAGACCACAGCCCAGGGUAUUUUUCCUUCUCGUGCUUUCUCAAAUACACAGCAGAAGCUCCCUCACAGACACUUGCAGGAAAAAGUAACUUCUGAAGAACUUAAUAGUAUAAUUCAUAAUAUCAUGACCUGGGUUGUAGCUACAGUGACUAGUAUAUUAUACCCAGCCAUCACAAAGUAUGAACAAAGGUUGAGAAAUAAUGUAUGCCCUGUGUCUGAGGACUCCAUUCUCUCUUCAGAUAGCUCGAGUUUUUGUAGCACAUGCAGUGAAGAAUUUACAUAUAGGAGCUACACAACUGCAACAACUAAAACAUUUCAGGGAGAGCCUUGUGCAUUUGCAGUUGACAUAUCAGUAAAGAAACCAACCACAACUUUAAAACCACCUUCUGCCCAUGUGGAAAGAACAGUUGUUGGGAAAACAUAUCACCUGAAAAAACAAUCUAUAACAUCUGAACUCAAAUAUAAUAAAACCAGCAUGACAUAUAUAUGCCCUAGCCUAAGAAGUUGUAAAUCUGAUAGUCACCUUUUAACAACAUGUGAAGCAGGCCCCAAAAAAUGUAAGGAUGCAACCACUGAAACAGAUCACUUAGAGAGUUCACAACUCUCCGAUCAAAAAACAAAAGCCAUGAAUGAACUGAAAAAUUUAAACAAUGUUUUUGUUAACUUUAAGUGUCACUUAAAAGGAGAAACUGAGUUGAUUUUAGAAAGCAUCUUUCAGGAAAUAAUGUCUGAUUUAACACAAGCCAUUCCCUCUCUUUCUUAUGUUACUGCUGAAGUUUUUGUUGAUCAAGGUGAGCCUGAAAAAGGAGAUAUGCUCUCCAAUGUUGAUAUAGCCUCGGCAGCUUCAGAGAUCGUAGAUAAUAUGCUUGAAAAACUACAGUGUGCAGUUGAGAAAAAAUGUGUUGAGCUGUAUUCACAAGAAGAUUCGUCAGUCGACAUUAAACCAAGCUUAACACCCACUGGAGAAAAUCUCACUUCAUCAAUUGGGAAACCUUUGAAAGCUUCAGUGCCUCCUACUGCAGAACCCAUGUGUGAUAUUGCUGAGGAUAUGGUGCAUGCCAUUUUAGAGAAGCUAAUGACUCUUACAUCUUCUAAGCAAAAUAACAUUCCUCAUCUUGACGAUGCAACAAAAUUUUCCUAUCAGAAACUUAUGACAGACCCAACACGCAUGCACCUUAAGAGAACUGACAAAAAUAGAUGUAGUCCUAAACCUGAUGCAGAUACUUUAAUUGCUAAAGAGAAAAUUAAAAAUUUAAUAUCAAGUAUUUUUUCACAGUCCUCUUUGGUUGGCUAUAUAGAGGAAGCAGUCAACACAAUACUAGGGUAUGUACAAACUGAACUUAAUAAUGAGAAGCUUAUUGCUUCUGAGGAAACAGUGAUACUCCUUCAAUUUCUGGAUGAUCUCUUCACCCAACUCCAUAAGAAGCCAGAAAAGGCAGAGGCUCAAAAAUGUAAACACUCUAGACUGAGAAAACUCUCUGACCCUGAUGAGAAGUACAGACUCACUAGUGCUAAGUUAUCUCAUAGUCCUACAUCUGGAAGACCAUUGCCUCCUGUUAAUGUUCCUGGCAUGGUCCUUUAUUCUGAAGAUGAUAAUGAAGAAAUUGAAAAAAUUGUAAAAAGUGUGCUUGAUUCAUCUUUCAAUGACGAAACAGCGAAAUCACCACAGAUUCCUGAAAAUUGGCUUACCAGAGGAAACACUAGUUUUGAAUAUAAAAGAAAUACAAAACUACCAACAAAACUUCCUUCUCGAAGCAAACCUGCAUUUCUUGAUGCAGGAUUAAAAACUGAGCUACCAUCUUUAAGUAAUAAACCAGUUUUGAAGGAAAGAGCCUGUUUAAAUAAUGAUAAUUUGAUUUUCAACCAGGAACAAAAGCAUCAAAUACAAAAGGCUUCAGAAAACAUAGUUAAAAGUAUUUUAACAGAAUUGCUCAAGGACUUCUCUUCUGUUCCUCCUAGUGCCUUAGACAGUAAAACUAGCAAACCAGCUCCCAUUUUUAUUUCAGAAAAAUCUCUAGGUCUAUCAGAUGAAGAAUGGGCAGACCAGAUGUUCUCUGUGUCAGAAGUCAGUACAGUGGCUCAAGAAAUAACAGAAGCUGUGUUAAAUAUACUUCAUAGGGCAUCAAGCUGCUUUCCCAAUACCACCAAAAGUUCCAUUUUACCAUCAGUUCAUCAAAGUUCUCUAGAAAGUUCUGAAACUCCCCACAAAGGAGACCCAAAUAAAAAGCCAUUAAAUAUAUGGUUUGAGAGUGAAAAGAAAAUGAAAUAUUUAUCUUCACUCAAUUCAGAUUCUUCAAAGCCUUCCCCAUCAAAACUUGAAGAAAGUGAACCUGAACCUAUAGAUAACAUUAAUAAUAAGAUAGUUAAUACAGUUUUUGAAAGUUUGAAAUCAUUCCUUUGCCCAAAAUUGCAAAUGUGCUUCAAAGGUUCACCUGCACAGCAAUCUUCAUUCCAAAAUCAACUUAGCACUUACACAGCUAAAGUGGUAAAUAUUGUUUUGCAUGCUAUCCAGAAUGAACUGGAACUCAGUAAGAAAAAUGUAAGGCUUAGGGAGAGAGACCAUAGCAAAUGCCUUCAAAAUAAAGGAUUUUUUGCUGACAAUGAUGAAUUAGAAUCUCCUCUCUCAAACUCUGAUGAUGACAUUAUGGCAUCCCCCUUAUUAAGUUGUAUUUGUGAGAUGUUAUCAAGUGGACACUCCGAUCAAAGUAAUAUUUCACUCCCUUCAGACAUGUCAAAGCCUGCAACUUCAUAUAAAUCUGACAGCUUUGAUAAACAAAAUAUUUUGCCAAGUAGGCAAGAUAAAAAAUCUUUUCACAAAUAUCUGGCUACUCCCUGUGCUCUCCAUACUAUCUCUAAUGGAAAAGUUUGCAAAGAGAAUGCCAGUUUGAAGGUGUUAGAUAGUAUUGGGGAAGCACUACUUGAAAUGUUAUGGAACCUCAUAGGAGCCCAUUCUCACUCUCAACCAUUUUGUAGUAAACUGAGCAGAGACAGGAUGAAACAGAGCCAGCCAACAUCUUCUGACUUGCAGUCUAAUAUUCAGCUCAUUUCCAAAACAAUUUUGGAAUAUAUACUUGCAAGACUGUGUAAUGUUGACAUGGAUACCAGUUUUGCAGAUUCUGGAUGUAAAGUUUCCUCAGAAUCUCUAGGUAUUGACAAUCUGUCAUUUGCUUCCAUUAUUGAGGGGAUGGCCAAAUGUACUGACAUGAUUUCCAGCAUAGUUUCCAGGAUGAUUCCAGAAAGUGAUAAAGAGGAGACAAAAAUCAAGGCAAAGACUAUUGCUCCUGUGUCUUCCAAAACAGAGGACAUGAAAGAAAGGCAUACAAAUAAACUUAAAUUAUUGGCGUCAGAUAUUCUUAAUGUGGUUUUUGCUAAACUGGAAGGCUUUGCCAAUGGAAAUUUAGAAACUUUGGGUUCUAUGGAUGAAAAUAAAAAAAGCAGUAAGAUGGACUUGGGAUGUGAAAGUACCAAUGUUUUCACAGACACAAAUGAAGAAAAACUAUUGCAGUCUACUUUAUAUGUACAUGCGAAGAAAAUAUCAAGUACUAUUUUGAAAGCUAUUCAGGCAGAAUUAAAUGCCAGCUUGUCAGAUUUGAGGACAGAUAUAAAAUCCCCACCACAUGAGAAACAAAUGCUUAAGAAUGUAGUCAACUUAAUAUUAGAUGCAGUAUCUGCAGAUAUGUUUAAUGAUACGGAAUCAGAAGAGAGAGGAACUGAAACUUUCCACUAUAAACCAACCUAUGGAAAUCACCUUCCUGGCGGAGCUGAAUCAGAUUCAUUUCAGGAAGAUGAUAAAAAUACAGAAAAAGAAUUAAUGGGGUUAAAAACAUCACUAACAGAAGAAACUAAAUCAGAUUCUCUUAAAUGUGGCUUUAAAGCUUGGGUUCUAGAAAGAACCUUAAACAGAAUUGAAGUGCAACUCAAAGAACCACAGAAAUCACCAAUCAUUCCCAUUAUACGAAACAUUUUGAAUGAAAUUUUUCAAAAUGUGUUGGUCAAUCAGUUAAAUGUACUUUCUCUCUCUCAUCUAAGUGGCUUUCCUCAAAAUGUAGAUGAACGAGUUGCUCAGUCUUCUGAUCAAUUUAUAGACAAAACAAUGGAUCCUUUAGUGUCUGAAGCAGAUGUAACAGUAGUAGUGGAUGACAUUGUUAAAACUGUAUUUCAUAAACUUUAUUCAGCUGCCAUGACAGAAAGAAAUGCAAAUAAAAACAGAUACAAAACCAUCACCUUUUCAACAAAUGUUUCUUUUCAUGAACAUAUCUAUGGGAGAGAGUCCUCUAUUUCAGUGCUGGACAAGAAUCCAUGUACUUUAGAAUCAAGAUUCAACAUUAAUGAACAGGGCAAAGUAAAUGUAGUUAAAGAUAUUGUACAGGCAGUAUUAACAAAUUUAGAAACUUUUGCUACUUCCAAAGUAAAUUCUCUCUUUUGUCCCCAAAUCAGCUUCACACUUCCAUUACCUUUACCUAUUCAACCAGAUAAGACCGCAUUAAAUGAAGCAUUAUCAGUUAAAGAUCUGUAUUCUGAUGGUCCAUUUUCCUUUUGCCCAGCAAAUCAUAUAAAAUCAGAAAAGAUCAAUUCAAUGUCUCAACUCUCUUUGAAUAAAUUAAAUACAUAUGCAACAGAAGUGGCUAGAAAAAUUUUACAAGGAAUCAAACAUGAGUUAGAUAGUGAAAGAGAAAGUCCUUUCUUAACUCAUAACAUUGUGGUUUCUGAAAGUAUUGCAAGUCAUGUUGUUAACACGGUGUUAGAUAUUGUAUCAUCUAAAGGCAAAUGUGACAUAAACAAUUAUGACAAAGAGAUUGAUUGCAGUCAUCAAGAAGGUAUUAUUGGAAAGCUAUUUAAUAAGACUGAAUAUCGAAAAGUACUUCAAAUUCAAAUACAAGAUACUGUCGAAGGUAUAUUAUGUGAUAUUUAUGAAAAAACAUUGUAUCAGAACAAUCUCUCAUUUGCUGCACCCACGUUAACAUGUAGCAUAGCUGGUAAACAUCCCAGAGCAAAUUCUAAAAUGUUCAUUGAGAGUACAGAUAAAGCUAAUCCAAAACUUUCUGUUCCUAAAUCUGAUGUCAUUUUGAUAUCCAACGAUGUAGUUGAUAUCGUUCUUCAUAAUCUCAAUUCUGCUGUCAUGCUUAGUAUACAUGCAAAGGACCCUACUUCUGCAAGAUUACCCUUGACAUUUUGUGAUACGUUUCCAUUUGCAGAGUGUCAGCAAUCUCCUCUUAUGGGAUCAACAAGUGAAAGAAAAAUUGAGUGUUUUCCAACUUCAAGAAAUCUAAAACCAGUUUAUGCAGAUAAUAAUAAGUUAAGUGUAGUAGAGAGACAAAACACCAAGAAAUCUGUUACUGACCCAUAUGAAGAAAAUGCUAAUUUUAUUACCAAAAUUAUUUUUGAUCGCCUAGAAUCAUUUGCUACAGAAAGAAUAGAUUCACUAAUUACUCUUGCUUUCCUGUCUAAAGAAAGUUCUGUUAGCUCAGAAUUGGAAAACAGUAAGCAAGGUAACAGAAUCAUUCAUGAGUCAAGUCAAGUAGAAUCAAAUGUAAAUAUCCUUAAAAUAUCAACUGAAACUAUGUUCAACCAAGAGCUCACUUAUUCUAGCUACAGAGAAAAACUUGGAUCAACAAUUCAUUUAUCACCAGCUUAUCUUAAGGAAUAUGCUGACAUCAUUGCAUGUGCCAUUUUGGAACUUAUUAAAAAUGACUUAGACCUAGAAAUCCAAGAGAGAGAGACUUAUACAAGCAACAUUUCAUUCCAAGAAAAUAUCAUCAUGAGUGAAACUGUCAACAAAAUCUUAAAGAUUUUAUAUGAUAAAAGACCUGUAAAAGAAAUUACUUUUUAUUCAAAAGAUAAUUCUAAUUUAUUCACACAACUAACUGUAUCGAAUGAAAUGUUGCUGGAACAAAAUGAGCAAGAAGAAAACACUGAACUACCUCUGCUUUCAAAGCAUCCAUUGCAACAAAGCCAAACAUUGGAAAAGGAGAGCCAGAGAAUUGUUUUGGAAGAAGUAUUUAGAAGAAACAGAGAAUCAAAACAAAAAGAAAAAAAUGCAUCUCUCAGUGUUGUGGAAGAAAUUUUAAAUCAUGUAUAUCAAAUAAUUAUGGAAACCACAGAUAAUAGUUCUCCAUUUAAUGAAAUCUCCCUCUUUACACCAAAUUCUAAAAUUAAAACAUUAGACACAACACAAAAAAACAUCUUCCAGCCACGUGUUAACAGUGUAGCAAAAGACAUAGUUGAAAGUGUUUUGGAAAAAAUGUACUCUGUAGUUGUGAAAUCAAUAUAUAAAAGUAAUAAAAGUAGAGAAAUAGAAGCAUCUGACAACAAUGAUAACUUACCCAAGAAAUCAUCAUACAUCAGAGAAAUGAAACAUACAGGAAAAGGAAGUAAUCCCACUAGAUCCAUGAUACCACAGUCUUAUCCUCAUGCAGAGAGUCAAUCUAUUUCUCUAUUAGAAAACACUUUUUCACAACAUUCACCAUUACAAGUUGGGAAGGAUUUAGUUCAAACUGUUCUCAAUAAGAUCACAAAUUUUGCCUCAAUUCCCCUUAAAGUAAGCCCUAAGGGCAGCCCUAAGCCAGGUUUUAAAACAAGUUUAAAAUCAAGAACCAAAGUUACUCAACUGCCAAAAUUUAAAGCAAAGAUGCACCUAGGGUCUAGUGCUGUUAAGGCCAAAAGCAAGACCAAGUUAAGUCUUGGAGAAAUGUCUGCAGGUGAUAACCGAUCUAAGACUACCAUUGGGCUGACAUAUAUCCUAUCAACAGAGGCUACCAAAAACAUACUGGAAACAAAACUGCCCACUUCAGAACUAAAAAUGUAUGCCAAGAAAGUAGUAAGUAAUAUCCUGGAAACAACUGUAAAAGAACUUGAAAAGGUAACACAAACUAGAACAAUGGUAAAGGCUAAAGUUUUACCAUGUGAUGAAAUCAUGGCAGCAAAUAAAGUAGUAAAUAUGAUUUUGCAAGGAUUACAUGCUGCAAAAAGCCACACUUUGGCUUUCUCACAACUGGAUGAUCUAAAGCUUUCACAGGGCAACACAGGUGCUGGGUCUUUUGCCAAACCACAAGCAGGUUUUUACCUGGAAAAUGUAUCUUCACAAUUGGAACAGAUUUUUCCUAAAGAAGGUAUAUUUAGAAAAACAUUUGACAAAUGGCAAGCAGAAGGAAAUGCUAUUGAAAAUGAAAAAUGUAAACUUCUAAUGAUAGCUGAAAAUGUUUUGACUGAAAUUUCAAUAAAAGCAAAAGAAUUAGAAUAUUCUCUUUCACUUUUAAAUUUGCCACCACUUGAGCAUUGUGAAGGCAAAUUUCAUAAUCAUUUUAAAGGAGCUUCAACUAGAGCUGAAGACACCAAAACACAGAUUAAUGUGUUUGCAAAAGAAAUUGUUGAAAUACUAUUGGAAAACUUACAGUUGUGCUUUUUGUCCCAGAUGCCCACUCCUGAUAGUAAAGAAACACUGCCAAGCAUUAAUGAACACAGUGCCACUAAAAGUAAAUAUGAUCUUCCGACUAAGGAUGUCCUCACCAGUGUAAAAAUCUGUAACACGAAGAUAGAAGAAGAUGCAGUUGCUUUUGGCUCUAGCAACCAAAUUGUUCAAAAGAUUAUAGAAAGGGUUUUAAACAUGUUAGAGUCAUUUGUAGACUUGCAAUUCAAAUGUAUCUCUAAAUAUGAGUUUUCUGAAAUAGUAAAAAUGCCGAUAGAAAACCUUUUUCCUGUCCAACAGAGACUAUUAAGCAAAAAGAUGUUGCCAAAAGUACAGCCACUGAAAAAGUUUCAUGAUGAAUCCAAGUCAAGUACUAUUUCCAAAGAAAACAUACAGAACACCCUUCUACAAGUUCAUUCAUUUCAUUCAGAAUUAUUUACAUAUGCUGUUGAUAGUAUCAGUGACAUGUUUGGUAUAAUUAAGAAUAAACUAGACAAAGAAAUCAGCCAAGAGGAACCAUCUUCAGUCAACAUAUUGAAAGAAAACAUUGCAGCAAGUGAGAUCAUUGGCACACUGAUGGAUGAGUGUACCCAUUUCCAUGAAUCUUUUAUCCAAAACCUUCCAAAGGAAAAUCUGUUCCAAGGGACAGAAAAUACCUAUAUUGUUAAUCAUGUUGAAUUAGCAACUAAUGUGGAAAUGCCAACAUCAAAGAUAAAGGAAGUUUCUUUUGGAAAUAGUCCUACACUAACCAAUGCAUCUGAUUUGGUGUUUUAUUCAGAUGAAGAUAUGAAAAAACAGUACGGAGCUUCAUCAAAUUUACCCAAGUAUGACAAAGUCUCUGUAGAAAACACAGUCAAAAGCUCACAACCAAUGGAAAUUUCUCAUUUAGAAAAUAUGCCAUCUAGCUCUAGAAACAAAAUUCAAGAUGACAGCCCAAGGAAAUCUACUUUUGGCCAUUUUGGUCAAACCAUGAGAGAAAACUCCCUACCAGAAGGCAGUGUUUUACAAAAAAUGUUUAAAAAAGCAAAUAAAUCCACAGAAGCAACAUUAAAGGAAGUCAUGUCAUUCAUAGAAAUGGGAAAAAGUGAAAAUCCAAGAGUGUUCCAUUAUCAGACUUCAAAUCCAGUUGGUGAGCCAAACCAAAUUCAGACAACUGUUUCUCCACUCAAAAUAUGUUUAGCUGCAGAAAAUAUUGUCAAUACUGUACUGUCAAGCUAUGGCUUCCCAAGUCAACCACUCAUUAAUGAUAAUAUGGAGACAAUAAAACCAUUUUUCAUAUCAAAGCAAAACACUUUUUCUGACAUACCUAAAGGACAAAAGAAUGAGGAGAGAAGUUUGCUUAGAAUGUGGGAUAAACGAAUCACCUGUAUACCUGAAGGGGAAAACAAAGAACCUGAAGCCAGUGGAGAGUAUUUUUCUCUAUUGCAAAAAUGGAAAAAUAGGAUGUGUCCAACAAUAAAAUCUCUGAAGAAAGUUGAAAUCAUUGCUUUUGCUGAUUAUGAACUGGGUCCAAAUGAAAUUCAUUUGGUAGCAAGACAUGUCACCACAUCUGUGAUCACAUUUUUAAAGGACUUCAAAACUACAGUUUCCAGUGAGAACAAGGUAUCUAUUGUUUCUACACUGUCAAGAAAAAUAUAUGAAUCAAAGCAGCCUUUAAGAAGUAUAUAUAAUAACUCUUCACUUUAUCAAUUUUGUGAACAUCUCACUGAGUCUGUCAUUUAUCAUUUAAUCUCAAGUAUUUCUGAUAAUACAAGUGAUAGUAGAGAAAAUGAGAAAGCCUGGAAAAGCCAAGCUGCAUCAUUUAACCAGAGUAUUUCAAUUGAUUCACAAAUGUUCGAAAGCAGGUCAAUUUCUAUUGGAGAACUUGCUCUAAGUAUUUCUGAAAUAAUUACUGAAAUCCUUUUUAAAGGUAACAUUAUAGAGCCUGAGAUUACACAGAAAACAUUUUCUUUAAAAACAAAGUACAUUUACUGCCCAGGAGUAGCUGUUUCUGACUUUGAUGAUCUCUUUCAGGAUCUCUUAAUAGGAGUGAUUCAUGUAUUAUCCAAAGAAAUAGGGUUAACACAUCACCUUGAAAGUAAAGGAAUAAAGAAGUCCUUUUCCUUGCUGAAAACCCACAGUGUUCCCAUUUGCAACAAAACAAAUACCAUGGGAAGACAGACAGACUCCAAAAAUAAGGAAUCAUCUAGACACCAAAAUGAUCAUCUCAUUCAAAAAAACAAAUUAAAUUAUCUGGCAGCUAAGUUAGACAGUUUGGUUGGUAGCCUAAAAUCUCCUGAAUCCAAAGAAGUAGUCAAUAAAGUAUUUAAUAUUGUUUUAGAAUUAUUUUUACCAGAUGAAUGCCAAGGUGACACUAUGGAUUCUGAUAAGAGGGCAAGCACAUUUUUCUUACCUUCAAAUGGUCAAAAAAGUAGUAGCAGUCUUGAAAACAAUCUAGGACUCACCCCAAAGUCUAUUUUUCUUCUCAAUGUCAUAUGUGAGAAACUUAUUAGAACUCUUUUGGAAAAAUGCACAAACAAUGUCUUUCUUGAUAAUGACUCUCUCUCUGACGAAACAUCAACAGGAGAGUGUCAACUUCUAAAAAGUUUAGAAGAUGAAGAAUUUGGUUAUUUAAAUGCACCUAUGGAUUCUGAACAAUUUCAAGGAGAUUAUAUGUCAGAUCUCUUGGAAAAUCUGGCAGAUAUGGAUCAAGAUUUAUUGUCAUCAGACUCUAUGCUUACUGUUAUUUCUCACAGCUUGGUUAAAUCAUUGAUGGACAAACUAUCUGACAGCAUACAAUUCCCUCAAAGUUUGCCUUUUACAAACAGGCAUCUUAGAUAUAGAACAAGAAAAAGACAAUCUAGUUCUAUAAAAGGAAAAAGAUCAGAGCUAACAGAAUUAGUGCAAAGUAAAAAUUCCUUUGGAUUCAUAAGUGAUAACUGUUAUUCCUUGACAACAUCCUUAAAUAGUCCCAGUGUGGUUCGUUCCAAAUUACAAGCACCAUUUGGCAGAAAGUAUUCAGUAAGUUCCCCUUCUUUGUCACCUUUUAAAAGACCAGAAACCAAAAAAAUGGAUACAUUACACAUCAAUAAGCUCUAUCCAGAUGACAGGAAUACACGUGUUUAUUCAGCCAUGUUUUUAGAAGAAGUAAUUUCAGAACUGUUUUUUAAUCUUUCUACUUCCCUGUGGAGUCAACAUGAACACAUUACUGAGACCAAACUCAGUGAGAUGAACACAAUAUUAGUCAACAAUGUAGUGAAGGAACUCAACAAUUCACAAGUCACUGUUUUAAGAAAUGCUGAAGAAAGACGGUGUUUCCCACCAAUCCACAAAGAAACAGUUAGUAGGAUUGUUAACUCUGUUUAUUGUGAUGUUUUACAGCACUAUAAGAUGAAAGUGACCUGUGAUAAAAGUCUGGCACAUGACAGUAAUUCAAUAGUAGAACAAAUAACUAAUGGCCUAUUGUUAGAGACUUUAGACUACCAGCUCCCAGCCUGCUUCAGGGGAAAGGUCAUACCUAACUCAUAUUACCCUCUCAAUGCUGAAGUUAUUUUGCAGAAACUUCAAAAUAAUCUUCGAGAAUUUACUUCUAAAGCCAGGUCUUCCACAGACUAUUGUACCAUGUUAUCACAUUCCUUUCUAGAAGAUACCAUCAGAAGGCUUUUAUCUCAACUCAUUCCUCCACACAGCAAGACUUCCUCUUUGGGAAAACAAUAUGUCAUGAGUUCAGAUAUUAAUGAAAAGUCCACCUGUAUAGUAGAUAAGGUUAUAGCAGCCAUUUCAAAACAUAAAAUUUGGUUCACAAUGUAUGAUAAUCAGUAUCUACAUACAGGUGAAAACCUACAAAAGAUGGUAGAUUCUGUUUAUAGUAACCUUGUGCACAUGUCAGAUUCUGUUGUUUCCAUACAGAAAAGUAUAGUCAGCCAAAGCCCAGUUAUGGUUGACAAAAUAGCCAGUCUUAUAAUUCAAGAGAUUAUUGAAAAUCACCUCCAGCCAUUUCUGUUUGGUGAAGACUUAUCUCGUCCCAAAACUCCACUGGAUUCAGUAUCAAGUAUGGUUAAGCAAGUUCUCUGUGAAGUCCUGGAGUCUCACAGACCCGAGAACCAAUCACCCUCAGGCAUUUAUCCUGAUACAUUUGUAGGGGAAAUUGUUGCCAGACUUCUAUCAAAGAUUUUCAGUCCAAAGCAUAACACUGAAACUGAAAUGGAAAACAUGACCCAAAGAAUAGUAAAUUCAAUAAAAAGUCAUUUUGACCGAGCUGAAAUUAACAUUCCAAAUGGUAACACACAGUUUUACCCCUUUGCGGACUCAGAUACUGUGGAUAAUCUUGUUACCUCAGUUUACAGAAAUGUUUUAAAACAGUAUGGGCUAGAUCCUGAUGUUGAUAACAAUACAAAAGACACUGAUAUAUUUGUGGAAAAUAUUACCAAGCUAGUCACAGCAGCUAUUUCAGAUUAUCUUCUUCACCCACUGUUUUCUGGGGAUUUGUCAACUGCUUCCUGCUCCAUGUCAAGAGCUCAUACUAUUGUUCAGGAUAUCCUAAGUAACAUCAGUAAAUCUGCCAUUCCUGGUCAGAUUUUAUCUCCCUAUAAUACUCUGCUGCCAUACACCUUUUUAGAAGACAUGGUCAGAAUACUACUAUCUAAAAUCUUUCCAUCUGUAACUAGUAGUAUUCCAAACAGAGAAAUACUGAAAGACAGAUCAAGAGGCAAUUUCAAUGAAGUUGCUUCAAAGCUAAUCAGUGAUAUUAGGAUGAAAAUUUCCCAACAUGAAAUUCGGUUUUCAAAUGAUGAAGAAACUAAGACUGUAUAUUCAGAUGAUGAAGUUCAACAUCUUGUUGACUCAGUAUUUGAAAAUAUUUCUCAAGACUCUGAGUAUCCAGAAUCAACUGAGCAAAAUAUUUCAAGCAAUAACGAUAUACUUAUUGACAGAAUAGCAGGCUUUAUCAUUAAAUAUAUCUGUAAACAACAUCUUCAACCAUUUGUGGAUGGAAAGGCAUCAUCUUCAUCAUAUGGAAAUGUGGAGAAGAAGGAAGGGCAGUGGUUUAAUGCCAGUGUUUACUCCUCAACUUUUUUAGAAAACGUGGUCUCUGGAGUUUUAAGUAAAAUAUUCCACAGGGUGAUAGGCAUUGUACAAACAAAAUCGGUAAUACAUACAGAAGACGAACUGUUUGAUAAAGCUGAAAACCUCAUACAUUUGAUAGCAGAGGAAUUUUCAAAAUCCCAAGUUAACAUUCUUGAAAAUGCUGAGGAGCAAUUGUGUUUGCCUCCAGUGGAGAGAGAGAUAGUCAAAAACACUAUUGAUAUGAUAUACAGCAAAGUUUUACAAGAGUAUGAAAUGGAAAUAAUGCCUGAUAAAAAUUUUCUAGAUGACACUAAGACAUUAGCUGCAAGGAUAACUAAAAUUCUACUAGAUGAAACUUUUGAUUUCCAAAUUCAUCCAAAUAUUACAGCAAAGCUUCCUUUUAUACCACAUCACAAACUUAAUACUAAUGUCUUGAUAAAGAGAGUUCACUGUGACAUUGCAAAAUCAAGAUUCCGAAGACAAGCUUCAACAAUAUAUACUACUAAGUUAUCAAAUACUGAUUUGGAAAAAAUUGUCACCCAGCUUAUAUCCCAAAUGAGUUCACUGACAUCCAAUAAAGAAAAUCCAGAAUAUUCUCAAUCAGAUUUAAGUAACACAGUCAUAAAACUGAUCAAUGAAAUCAUGUCAAUAAUUUCAAAGCAUGCAAUAUGUAUUACUAAACACAGAAAUGAAAAACAAAGUAUGAUCUCAGAAAAAGAUAUCCAGUCGAUGGCUGAUUCCAUUUAUGCUGAUCUUUUGCAUUUAAAUCUACCCCUGUGUCAUGCAAAUGAUAAAAAAGGUGUUAGUAACAUACCUGUUUCAAAAAUAGCAAGUUUUAUAAUAAAAGAAAUCUUUAACCACCAUCUUCAGUCAUUUUUAUCAGAAGAUAAAAAACUCUUUCCACCUUCAACUGAUAAAACUUAUAAGCAGAAAGCAAUAGAUCCUAAACAAGAAGAACUGUCUCUCAUUGUGAAUUCAGCCUCCUUUUUGGAAGAAGUAAUUUCUGAACUUUUAUGUAAACUCCUUUGUGAAUUCUCACUUCCUAGCUUGACUGUCAAAGAUCCAGAAACAGUAAACAUCAAAAUUACUGACAUUGUUACAACAUUAGUAAAAUCAAUUGUUCUGGAGUUUACCUCAUCAGAGAUUUUAGUUGCAGAUAACUUUGAUGAGAAAAUGUGUUUUUCAGAAACAUACAAAGAAAUGGUUCAAAAAACAGUCAACAUAAUUUAUGAAAAAAUAUUAGAUGAAUAUAAAAUUCUGACUCAAGUAUAUAAGGAUAUACAAUAUGAUCCUGCUUGUUUUGGAAGGAAAAUAUAUCAUUUGAUAUUGGAAGAAAUUUAUGAUUAUCAGGUGCAGUCAUUAGUUUCAGGGGGAUUAGCGUCAUCUUCUUCCUAUUCUUUGCCCCACGCUGAUAAUAUCAUCAGAAAUGUGCUCAAUGUUGUCAUGAAUAAUAGACCUGCCUUUUCUCCAUGUAUUACUGUAUUGCCUCGCUCUCUUUUAGAAGACAUGAUUUACAAGCUGCUAACCCAUAUCUUUCCUUCACCCAACUCUGAAAAUGAACUAAGUGAGGAAGAGGUUUCAGGUGAUGAGUUUAUGGAUGCAGCUUCAAAAUUGACUGAUGAAAUUAUUGAAGAAAUUUCUGAACAUGAGAUCCGUCUUGCUACAGCAGAGCAGAAUGCAGGAAGUACACAAUUAGAAGCAAUUGAGAAUUUGAUUGAUUCUGUAUGUAAUAAUAUUUUGAAAAAAUCUGAAUUUCAAGCUGAAGUACAGAAAGAUACAGGCAAAAAGGGAGGCUCUUUCCUCAGUAAAAUAGCUGGUUUCAUUAUGAAAGGAAUUCUGGAUCACCAUCUGAAGCCAUUUUUACAUGAUGAAGAAUCAUCUUUGAGUCACUUACCUGAUACUAGCCAUGUGUCUGUUCUUACUGAUCCUGAUAAAGAAAAAAGACAGCCUUCUCUAUACUCGGCUACAUUUUUGGAAGAUGUAAUUGUUAACCUCGUUCGUAAAUUUUAUCCUCUUCCAAGUAUUACUAAAGAGUCUGAGAAAAAAGAAAUGCCAGAGCCAGACAUUGUUGGGUUGGCUAUAAAAUUUACAAACUCUCUGAUAAGAGAAUUUAGGAAAAGUGAAAUUAAGGUUCUACAAAAUGCUGAAGAGUUAUUUUCAUUUCCACCCAUUGAUAAAGAGACAAUUGAUAAUAUAUCCAACUUUGUAUAUGAUCAGUUUAUAGUAAACUAUGGAUCCAAUGAUAUUCAGACGGAUGGAAAAGAUAACAUUUUUAUAGAAGUGAUUGCCACUUUAGCCCAGAAAGCCAUCUCUGCUUUUAAGAUUCAAACACUUUUUUCAGGAGACUGGUCAUCCACAUUCUUUUCUUUUCUAAAUCCAGAUAAAGUCACCCAGAAGGUUCAACACAUACCACAGGAAACUUCCCCACAGAUCAACAGAUGUUUAAAGGGGAACCAAUUUACUUUACCAGAACAAUCAAGUGAAAAAACUUCUCCAAUCUCAGCCCAGAAAAAAGUGUUGGACACUUUAGAAAUAGAAGGAUACAUGAUGAGUAAAAAGAACAGUUUCAAAACUGAAAAAACACCAUUGGAAAAAAGUGCCAUCCAAGAUCCGAUAGUUACUGCUGUAGCUAGUAUUACAAAAAACAUGACUAACUUGUUAUCAGGGUCACCUGCAGAUAUGGCAAAUAAUAAAAAGAAACAGAGUGAAGUUAAAGUGGAAAUUUCAAAUAAAAAAUACGAGACUAUAUCACAGGUUACUUCUCCCACUACUAGUGUGAAAAGUAAAGACAUUCAGGAGUCAAAUUUGACGGGAACACUUACAAAAAGUAAAAUUGAAAAGACAAGUAUGUCAAUUUCAGUAGAUGAAGAAAAGCAAGGUAAUGUGGCACAUACACAAUUGUUGGUAGCUCCUGAUGAUACAGAAUAUAUGACAAACGUGCUUGAACCAGAUUCUGAAAUUGCUGAUGAAAAGAAGACUGACAAAACAAGAGCAACUUCUUUAAGAAAAAGUGACAAGUCCAUUCAGUUCUCUUCUCUGGUAUCUGAAGUGAGAAAUAUAGGGACCAUGACAGAGAACACUUUGGAAACAAACAUCCAAAAGAGAGAGAAUCAAGAGAGAAAAGACUCUCAGACUCAAGUAGAUACAAAUGAGGAACCAAACGAAGAAUAUGAGCAUAUCCAAAAUGUCAUUGGAAAUAUUUAUGACAAUGUGUUACAUCUAUGCUGUUCUCGAGAAUCAGAUUACUCAAAAUCUUCAAGUGAUACAGCAUCGACUAUAAUUCAAAAGGUUGACAAGGACUUUGCCAAGUCUGUACCAACAAAGGACUUAGCCCCUACAAUAAGCCUCCCUGACAAAGAGAAUGAGGAAAAAGGGCAGAGGGGGGAGCAAGGUGACAAAAAGCAGGAUGUGGAGAAAGAGAAAGUGAAUGUCAAGGAGGUUAAAAAUGAACCAACUAACCCAGAAGAUUCUCAGUACCCACGAAAAAAUAAACCUGGGAUUUUACCUGCUAAAUUUUUAGAAGAUGUCAUCACUGAAAUGGUUAACACAUUGAUCUUUUCCUCCUCACCAAAAACACAAGCAGAUGAUAGAUAUCAAGAUGUAAAUAAUGAUGAAAGUCAAACUCAGCUCUAUGACACAGCUAUGAAACUUACUGAUUCACUGUUAAAAGAGUUUGCCAAUGCUCAAAUUAAGGUAUUUAGGCCAGAAAGGGAAAAUCAGUUUCCUCCUCCUAUAGGCAAAUUGUCACCAAUUCCUAAAGAAACUGGGAGGCAUAAAGAAUCAACUACAGAUUCAUCCAGAAUUAAGAGAAAAACUGUGGAUAAAAUGCCAAAUAAGAAUAAAAUGCCUGAAAAAUCCUCUUCAAAUAAAAUACCUUUUCUAGAUAAAAUACCACUGAUCAGUGAAACAAUGGUCAACAAAAUUGUUCACUCUUCUGUCUGCAAUAUUUUGAAAGAGCACAGAUCUCAAGACUCCAUUUGUAAGGAUAUAAACAGUAAUGGGGAAAAAAUAGCAAGACAAUUAACUAGUUCAGUGAUAAAUGAAAUUCUUCAACAUCAGCUUAAUCUGAUAUUUUGUGAUGAGAUUCCAGCUUCAGGAUGCUUGCCUUUGGACUCUAAAGAUGUUGUUAAAAAGGUCCAAAAGGUGGUUCAAACAGCCAGCAAAGAAUGUCAGACAUCAUCACCAUAUACCAUCAUGCUAACUCAUGAGUUCUUAGAAAAAGUAGUUUCUGCUCUUUUAUCUAAAAUUUUCUCAACAGACUCCAACAUUGAAGUGGAACUAUCUAUAGGCAACUUGUUCACAGAACUGGACUUUCUUCAAAUUAAAUUAAUCAGUAUAAUUAAAACUGAGAUCUCCAAAGAUGAAGAUAUGAUUAUACACUAUGUAGAAUCCUUACAUCCCAAUGAUGAUGAAAUUAUUCAAUUGGUGGUUCAUUCUAUUUAUGAUAAUCUUUUAUCACAGUUUGGAUCACAAGAGAUCAUAAAGGACUGUGUAUCCAGUGGAUGCAGAAUUCUUUCAGAAGCCAUAGUUGACUUAGUUCUACGAGAAGUGGCUGGAAAUCAACUGCAGAACUAUUUUUCUGGAGAGUUAACUCCAAAUCAGUGUGCAGAAGUUGACAGCGUUGUUGAAAAUAUUCUUAAAGAUGUUGUCCAAACCGCUGAUGCUCCCCACCUCCCACCACCCCAGGCUCACACACUGCCUUGUAACAUAGUGGAAGAAAUUGCUGUAAAAUUUUUAUCAAAGCUCUUAUCUAUAUUUCCAAAUGUCGACAAGGAUAGGAACAACUCUCUACAAACUGAAAUGCAAAACAUAACCUCAAAAAUAUUAAAUUCAAUACAAGAAUUUAUCUCUAAAAGUAAGAUUAAACUUGUACCACCAGCCAAAGAAUUGCCUACUAUGCAUUCAGAUGACAAUGCAACUAUUGAAAAAGUUGUUAAUUCUGUGUAUGCCAAUAUUUUAAAACACUCUGGCUCACAAACUUCUGUACUUAAAGAUUUAAUGGGUAAGAGUAAUGUACUUUCUGAUAUAAUAGGUUUUUUAAUGGUGAAGGAAAUUUCAAAUUAUGAAUUUCAACCUCAAGAAGAAGAAGAAGUAUCAAGUUCAGAAUUAGUUCUAGAAACUGUCAAAGUUAUGAAAAAAGUGAUCAAAAUUCUUGAUGAAUUUCACUCCCAAGGCAAAUCUUCAUCCAUAAAAGGUUCUAUGUUAGAUGCCACAUUUUUAGAAGAAGCAUUAGCCUUAUUCUUGGCUAAAAUAGUAAAAUUGCCAAGCACUUCAAGCAAAGAUGAAAAGCCCUUAUCAAAGCCUGAAUUAAAUAGGAUUGCAUCACAACUGACAAAGUCCGUGACAGCUGAAAUUUCUAAAAGCAAUAUUAAUCUUGUUGCUGCUGACCCUGCAGAUAACAUUUUACAACCAGAAAGCAUAGAAAUGGUUUCUCAGGUCAUUGAUUCAAUUUAUAGUACUGUAUUGCAACAAUCUGGAACCCAGGAAGAACUUUAUUAUGAUAUAAAAGAUGCAAACAAAGUCUUCCCUAAAAAAGUGGCUAGUUUAAUUCUUACUGAAGUUACAAAUUGUCCAUUAGAGAGAGUGAUUUCAGUGAAUUCAAAUGUUGAUCAUUUUAGUGAUUUAGACAUUAGCAGAAUUGUUCAGAAGGCAGAAGAGCAUGCUGAUAAAAUGACUGCUGAAUCAAAGAGCAUGUCGAAUCAAACUUUAAUGGAAGAGGGACUACCAAUAAAAAUAGUUCCAUAUAUUGGACAAAAACCAAUCAAAAUAGACCCAGGCAUUAUCUCAAAACACUUAGCAGUAAUUUCUGUAAAAACUAAACCUAUUGAGAAACUAAAGAAGGAGUGUUUAAGAAAUACAGGACAGAGCAUAACAGAACUGAGAAAAGCAUCAAUAAGUGGGAAAGGUUACCUCUCACCAGACAUACCUGAUAUGAGCAAAAUACAGAGAGAGAGACGAAUAUCACUGAAUAAGUUGGGACGACUAGAUGUAAGACCCUUAGAGGCUGCUUGCAGAAAUUCAUUUCAGAAUGUAAGAAAGCCUGAUAUCACCAAAGUAGAGCUUUUAAAAGAUGUUCACAACAAAGAAGAACUUAUUAUUCGACUAGUAGCUCAUGAUAUUGAACAAGCAGCUUCAGAAAGUAGCAGGGAAGAGGAAUCUGACAAUGAAGAAGUUAUUUUAAGAGAGGUUACAAAAGAAGAAAUAUUAGAAAAAUCUGAAUCUAAAAUUAAAGAGACUAUAAGCCCAGUAGGAAGCAAAGUUUUUUCUCCCAAGCCAAUAAUAAGCACAAGCAACCUGAAAAAAUUUUUGUCAAUAAGCAAAUGUUGUCAGCCAACAUCCAGUGCAAAUAUUGAAAAUAUUGAAGCAACCUCAAAUCCUAUAAUAGAACCUACGGAGAGACAAAUUAAAAGAGCUGUUGCUAAGCUUUCCAUGGCCAGACCCUCAACAAGCUUCACUGACACAGAUUCAACGAGGGAGAAAAUGUCACAGCACAAGAAAGAAGAAAAGAAUACUGCUGAACCAACACAUUACCUCAUACACAGAAUUAUGAGUUCAUCUUCAUACAACCAAGAAGAUCUGAUUUCAUCUGCUGGUGAGACUGAAGACCAUAUCCCAGAUGCAAAUGCUAAGAGAUUAGAAGAAAGUUCCCGGGAACAAAAGCCAGAGAAUUCAAACAGCUUUAAGUUUAUCACCAUCUAUGAAGGAAACAAGAAUAUCCUUGGCAGUGAGUGUCACUCAAAAGAAGUAAUUUCAGAAACUCCCAAGUCUAGUGGUUCCAAACAUGGACCUAAUAUGCUUGUGAAGGUAUCUUCAGCUCUGUCAAAGGUGUUUUCUCGGAGUAACUCGAACACUUCCAAAUCUCGCUCACCACCACACCAUGAUAAGCCCUGA